AAAAAACACCUUUCCCCUCCAGACCAAAAAAUAUAAAUCUUCUUUAAAAAUUCUCAUAUCAUAUAAAUACAAAAUCCAAAGAAAUUGCAUUUCAACUUGUAUCAUUAGAAUAAAGAUUUAAGCUAUUUAACGACAUGGAGACUUGUCUGCAGACACGCGUAUGUCUGUACUUCCAUGCACUGCACAAUCUAUCAAAAACCUAACCCUAAUCUACAGGCAGUAAGGGAUGGCACACAGGUAAAAUAAUUUUUAAGGGUUUGGUAGCACAGGAUUAAAGAUCUGGUGCAGCAGAGUAUUGUUAAGAGUUUCAACUUUUAGUAGAUGGGGGCUCCAAAGCAGAAGUGGACACAUGAAGAGGAGGCUGCUCUUAGGGCAGGGGUAGAGAAAUAUGGACCUGGUAAAUGGCGUGCAAUUCUGAAAGACCCUAACUGGAGUUUGUGCUUGGCAUCACGAUCCAAUGUUGAUCUGAAGGAUAAAUGGCGGAAUAUGAGUGUUACUGCAAAUGGCUGGGGUUCAAGGGAAAAGGCAAGACUAGCACUAAAAAGAAGUACACACAAUGCAAAGCACCCUGGCAAGCAAAUUGCCCUUAGCUCAUUAAGUAAUGGACAUGUAGAUGCCGUUCUUGAUGUUAAACCAUUGACAUCUUUUAAACCAUACAUACAAAGCUCACAUACAAAGAAAUCAACUUCACGGCUUGAUAACCUCAUUUUGGAUGCUGUCUCUUGCUUAAAGGACCCGAAUGGAUCAAGCAAAUCUGCAAUUGCAAUGUACAUUGAGGAGACCCAUACUGCACCUCCAAACUUCAGAAGGCUGCUGUCCUCAAAGUUAAAAUCAUUAACAGCAAGUGGUAAAUUGGUUAAGAUUAGACAUAACUACAUGCUCAAUGGCAGUUUCCCACAAUCGGAAGAAAAAUCUCCCAAAAGUGAGAAAAAGGCAAAACAUAUUACAGCCAUUAAUGAAUCCUUAAAGAAAGUAGUAGAGAAAGUCAAGAUUGAAGUUGAAUCCGAAUUUGAUGUUGAACUAGCAAAAAUUAGGACAAUGAAUGCUGAAGAGGCUGCAAAGGCAGCAGCUAUUAUCGUUGCUCGAGCAGAAGCAGCUACAGCAGCAGCAGAACAGGCAGCACUGGAAGUUGAGUCUGCAGAAGCUGAAGCGGAAGCUGCAGAAGCUUUUGCAGAAGCAGUAAUUAUGGUCCUAGCAAAGUUAAGAAAUUCUUAAUAGGUUUGCACAAAACGAGAUUUUGUUUUUCACCAUGUUUAGGGUUAGGGUUAGGGUUAAUAUGUGUAUUAUUUGAAGCUAUUGGUUGCACAGGUGGUUUGGGCGCUCCAUCAUCUUAUAUUGCCUUGUCCUGGUGGGUUUACGGAAUUAAGAUCCUAUUGUAGGGUUGAAUCUUCAAUGGAUCGUGUGUAAUUAGAUUCUUUUCUCUGCAGGAAUUGUAUCUAUAAAAUAUGCCUUUUUCCUGCAUGUAAAUAUUUUCAUUGGUGGCAAAGAACAAACCGUUCUCAACAGUGCCUUGUGUAAAUUCAUGACAUGUGCACAUGUAAAAUUACUGUCAUUUUUUGACAUCUGUACAGCUUGUUUAGUGUGAAGAGACUCUUUGGUGGAAUGGACAAAUUUCAUUCAAAUUUAAAUAAUAUGUGCAUUUAUGAUUUGGUUUU